CCAUAGCGUGCUACUUCCAGCUAGCUCGCAGCAAAGAUGGCGGCCGAUGCUGGAGCUGCGGCGGCGGCGGCGAGCGGCCACGGAGCCCGCAGCUCCAACGCUGCCUUCGAGUCCACGUUGGACCGCCGCUUCCAAGGAAUAUCCAACACCAUGGAGUCCAUUCAGAGCCUCUCCGUGUGGUGCAUUGAGAACAAGAAGCAGAGUGGCCUCGUCGUGCGUUACUGGAUGAAGUGGCUGAAGAAAUCGGACAACAGUCAUCGUUUGAAUCUCUUCUACCUGGCCAAUGACGUUAUACAGAACUGCAAAAGAAAGAAUGCCAUCGCGUUCCGUCCUGCCUUUGCAGAGGUCCUUCCAAACGCCGUUCUGCUCAUCAAAGACCCGAAGGUCCGUAAGUCGGUGGAGAGGAUCUUUUCAAUCUGGGAGGAACGCAGUGUGUAUAGCGAAGAGCUCCUCACGCAGUUGAAAACCAACCUAAACAAGAAGGAAAAGGAGCGGGAGAAGCCGAAGGAAAAAGUGAAAGAGAAAGAAAAAGAAAAAGAGACACCACCUACCAAUGCUCCAGCCAAGACUAAAGCUGCAAUCAAGUCCAAGAUUGUUGCUGAGUUUGCACCCAGCUCCCUGAUAGACCAGUUGUCAGAUUAUCAGGAAGCAGUCGCCGAAGAAGAGCACCGGGAGAAGCAGCUAUCAGCUCUCGGGCUGGACAUUUGCAGCACAGAGGCCCUCAAGAGGCUCAAAGACAAGGCGGGAGGUAACAAGUUUGCCAAGGACUUUGAGGAUGGCAGUCUGAAGCUGCAGGAGUUUGUUGGCUUCCUGGAGACAGAGUUGAAGACCGGACCCCCUCUGCUGGAAGCCUUGGGAAAUGCAGACAUCUUCUAUGAGAUGCAGUACAAGGAAGUCCAGAUUGUGGCCAAUGCAUACAGUGCUUUUGCUAACCGCGUGGCCAGUCUUAAAAGGAAGCUGGACUCUCUCAAAGCGACUUUACCUGGACCCGAAGACUCGCCCGUGCCCUCGCCCUCCGAAGAUGCCCCUUCCCCCACCGGGUCUGACUCGCCGUUCCUUGGUGUGGGUGCUGUCAGAGCCCAGGUCGAUCCAGAGCUGGAUGGAAAAGCCAUGGACGAUGUGGACCCGGCAAGUGACGACAGAGAGGAUAUGGAUGUUUCCGAUGAAGACGAGCGGCCUUCACCAACAGCCGGUGACCAAAAAGGCAAAAUGUCCCCCACUGUCGUCAAGGCCAAGUUGGAUGCCGACUCCAAGCCUCCCACUACCCCCACAAAAAUGUCCAAACCGAGCAUCGCAGCCACGACUAUGGCAACCCCGGCCACGCCUACCUCCACCUCUCCGACUUCGACCACACCUCUGGGAGUCAACAUGGCUAAGGUGGACCUGGGAAAGAUCAGCUCCAUUCUCACUUCACUAACGGCCGCCAUGAAGAACACAGCGAGCCCAUCACCUCGGCCUUCCCCAGGAACGCCGACCACCCCGUCUGGCCAAGCCGCAGCCUCCAAAGCAACCCCUGCAAGCCCCGCUCUGGCUAGCAUUUUGUCACGAGUGGGUGACAUUACACCCGAAGGCAUACUGAGCGCUCUGUCAAAAAGCAACACGCCAGCAUUGUCCAGUCUCCUGCAAAGCGUGACAAACUCCGCCUCUUCGACCCGAACGUCACCAAAAGCGCCAUCGGUGAAGACCCUGGUUACCCCAAAGGCAAAACCCGCCGCGGGGAACAACCUCAAACGGGAGAUGUCCGGCAAGAGCAGAGUCUGGGAGAAGGACGUCCAACUGUCCCCGCCUCCCCCGCCUCCCCGCAUCCCCGCUGCUGCCCCCCUUCCCAGUCUAGAGUCCAAAAUCAACAGUUUCCUGCAGGGUAAUCCAGGUUUUAGUCUGGCCCUAGGAGAUGGCAGUCCGGAUGGGGCAGGCGGGACCCCGGUGAGAGACGAGGCCGCCGGCACCCCGACCCAGGACGAGGUCAUGGAUGAUCCGGGUAGUGUGCCUGAAUCGUUGGGGUCCUCUGGCGGCAACAAUCUCUCACCCACGGCGUAUCGGAGCGAUCCUUGGGACGCCGUGAUCACGCCGACGCGAAGUAGUAAUCACGACGACCGGUAUGGAAAUGUGAAAAAGACUGACGGUGCCAGGAAGCAGGUCUCCUCCGCCCCGAAUAACGACGUCACCAAGGGUAAGGCGGCAGCAAGCCGGACCAAGGGAGAGCGUCGCUUCUCCGCCAGCUCCCGAAAAGCCAGCACGGGCUCCGAGGACGGGAAAAGAGAAGACAAGGUCAAAGGUCAGAAGUCCCCGGGCGGGGGCGGGAAGGACAGCGGGGGGUACCACCGUAUCGAGACUCUGGUUUCGCCCUGCACCGAGGGUGCGCCCAUCCAGACCGUGGGCUACUCCAACCAGCCGCCCGCAGGAGAGCGCAUCAAGACUGUGGAGAGCAUCCGCGUGAUUGGCCGGGGCUCCCGGCACGGGGGCGGCCCCGGCUGUCGACCCGGGGCGUCGAUGUGGUACGAAGAGGAGGAGUACAUGGACGCUCAAUCGCCCUCGCCCCGUGCUCCCCACCCUCCUCUUAGCAUAGGCCAGGGAGCCAGCGGCGACAUGCCGCCUCCACACCACCUCCUCGCACACCACCCUCCUCCUCCCCCGCUCCCCCACCCGCUCCCUCCUCCCCCGCCGCCCCAAACUCAGUUCCAAAUGCCGUACCACUCUGACAGUCUGCAGACCCCUCCCCCGCUUCACCUCCACCAGCCUCCUCUUUUCUUUAGCGCCCCUCACCCCAUCCCGCCGCCCCCGCCUCCAGCGUCACCCACGCACCUUCCGUCCGUGCCCACCGCGGUCAUGGUCGGGGGCCUUUUAGUCCCCGUCGACCGCAUCCCAGCGGGUCCUCACGUAAUGAGACACGACGGGGCACAGCGAGGGGGCCCCAGGGGAAAUAACGGCCCACCUCGUCCGCUGAUGUCAUUACUCGGCGAGCCCCCGAAUCUGCCUCGUCCCGGCACGGUCAAGGAGCCAUUCGGCCCACGUCGUGCACCCCCAAUCCACCGCCCAGGGGCCCCCGGCCUGCCUCCACCCCUCCUGGGCCGAGUGAAAGAGCCCCCAAAUAUGCAUCUUCCGUCUCCCACAUCCCCUUCCACACCCAACAUCCCGGGGCCCGCCCCUACUGGGCCGAACCCGCCCACCAGUCCUCCGGGGGAGAGCGGCAACCAACCGUGUAGCCCCGUCCCCCUCCUGGCCCUGCCUACGCAGCGACCCCCCAUGGUCUCUGGCUCCAACAGACCUCAGCGAGGCAACCACUCCCGCCACUUUAACCAAGAUCACGGCGACAGAAGGUUCCGCGGCAACAAGCGCCACGGCCCUCCGUUCACAGGCGGACCCUUCCACGGGCAGAAGAGGCCCUUCGUGCCGCCUCGCUACUGAAGCGGUCAUCAGUGAGGUUCCGCGAGGGGGAACGAGAGCCACACCGCUCGCCUAACCCCCGCGCAGAGUGUUUGCCUUGUUGGUAUGAGCUUAGACAUAUUUACUUCCUGUGUGUACAAUAGGAGCCACAUGGGUCCGUUAGCUUGCAGUGUCCCUUUAGGAGUCACUCGUGCAGAGCUCAGAGUCAGCGUAGACGUUACACAUUUUAAUUGUCCUACAUUUCUUCGUUACACUGAAUACUAUUUUUUGACGCUUUCAGAGUUCUUUCCCACACCCCUCCCUGAAGGUAUGAGUGUGUCCUAAAAUGUGUUUCAUGAUGUAAAUAAUCCUCUUCGUGCUCUAGGAAUUUCUCUUUCUCCCUCGUCCCGUCUGUCCCUCCCAGCUUUGUAAUGCUAUGCUUGUAAAUAUAAAAAAAAAAAAGAGUGACUGCUGCUUUUUUUUUUUUUUUUUUUCCUCCUUCAAAAACUAUGUAAGUGAUGCUCCUACACUGCUGCAGCUCGUGUCGUCACUGUAAUCAAGGCUUGGAAAUACUCAAUAGGCACCUUUUCUCUUCACUUCUGUUUCUUUAAAAUAAAAUUAUAACAUUCCGUUAUGUAUUCUAAUUAGGGAUGGGCAUCGUUAUAGAUAAAUUGGUCAUUGGUCAGAAAAUUUAAAACAUGCGGGGGCCAUUUUAUGCUGUAUUUUCCGGACUGUAGAGCGCACCGGUAUACAAAUAAAUAAAAGGGGGAAAAAUAUUUUCCGUGCCGGACUGUAAGCUGCAGAAAAAUACCGUAUUUUUCGGAGUAUAAGUCGCGCCGGAGUAUAAGUCGCACUGGCCGAAAAUGCAUAAUAAAGAAGGAAAAAAACAUAUAUAAGUCGCAUUGGAGUAUAAAUCGAAUUUUUUUGGGGAAAUGUAUUUGAUAAAACCCAACACCAAGAAUAGACAUUUGAAAGGCAAUUUAAAACAAAUAAAGAAUAGUGAACAACAGGCUGAAUAAGUGUAUGUUAUAUGAGGCAUAAAUAACCAACUGAGAACGUGCCUGGUAUGUUAACGUAACAUAUUAUAGUAAGAGUCAUUCAAAUAACUAUAACAUAUAGAACAUGCUAUACGUUUACCAAACAAUCUGUCACUCCUAAUCGCUAAAUCCCAUGAAAUCUUAUACGUCUAGUCUCUUACCUGAAUGAGCUGAAUAAUAUUAUUUGAUAUUUUACGGUAAUGUGUUAAUAAUUUCACACAUAAGUCGCUCCUGAGUAUAAGUCGCACCCCCGGCCAAACUGAAAAAAACUGUGACUUAUAGUCCGAAAAAUACGGUAUGUUUUGAAAUGAGUUAUUUACACAGAAAGAUUCUGUAAAUGUUUUUUCGCAUACCUUAAUUGUUUCCAAAGUGUGCCUGUAACACGGCAGUAAAACGACAGAUCAAACAAAACAGAAGUCAUCGUCAUGGACCCACUAGCUGCGGAAGCGAGCUUUCCAAUCAGCUAAGCGGACUCAAUAACUCCACGGCGGCGUUUUGGUGAAUUAACGAAACUGAAACACUACAAAACUAAUUCCCUUGUAAGUUGAUAACAGUAACAUAGACACUCGCAAAAGUGUUAGCAUAUUAGCUAAUAUUAUGACAUUACGAUAACACAUACAAAUAUGCAUGAAAACACUCCUACAGACGCCACUCAUGGGACGGUUCAGUCAGUAAUUAUUGUUUUAGUUAUAUUGUAAAAUUUGCAAACGUUGCUUGGAGUGAUGAAUGAAGAGUCCAUACGAGUAGAGACGCUAGAAGACGGAACGGCACUUGUAACUCCGGUUGAAAGCUCUUAACGGAAGGGUGUAGCAGCACCUAAAGUGACAUACCACAAACAAUAACACACAUUUUUGUGGUUUUUUUUGUUUUGUUUUAACUAUUUACAUUAUGGCCGUCGGCAAAAGAAAAAUCCAUGAAUAAGCCUCACCUUUUUAUAAGCUGCAGGGUUCAAAGUGUAGGUAAAAAGUAGCGGCUUACAGUCCAGAAUUUACAGUAUGUGUUCGAAAAAAAUGCUAAAAACAGAUUAUUUACAUAUUUAACAAUACAAUGUUGUGUUAUAGGUGACAAAGCAUUUGAUUAUUAUUUAUUAGUAUCUCAAUUUCAGGUUUUUCCUCAUUACAUAAGUAGUUUUUGCUCUUUUUUCUUUCGUUUCGACAGUAUGCGUCGGUGCAACAAAACUCAAGCUGCGGGCCCCUAAUGGCCCCCGGUCUUCACCUUGGACACCCCCCUGCAUCAAAAGUUCAUCUUCCCCCAUAGUCGAUGUGUGGCAAAAAAAAAAAAUGCCCAUCCCUAAUUUUUUAAUGUGCCUGUACGCGCUUCAAGUCAGCGUAGCGAUGGUCAGCGGGCCCCUGGGAGGCCCCUGCAUGUACUGACAUGAAUAAAGUCCAGAGUUGCAAUCAAACUGAACUGGGGGAGGAGGGGGUUACUUUUUACUUGGUCCUGAAUAAAUAAGCGCUGUGUCAAUGUGCGCUCCUUUUUCUUGCGUAGACUUCUCGUUAUCUUUGCAGCACCACCACCACCUCAGUCGUGUAGUAUUUGUGCAAUAAUAACCCCAUCUCCUUAUUGUUUACCUCGAUGCUUCAGACGUUAGGCCCCCCCCAUUCGACCCCCCCAUGACCCCUCCUCUGCACCGUUGAGAGAGUGCAUGUGUGCGGGGGGCCUCGAAGCCCCACGUCACCUGCAUCAUCUCUUUAUGGAUGCUAAUUGUGGAUAUACUAAAGUCAUACUUUAGCACCUGCAAACUUAUAGGUUCUCACAUUGUAAAAAAACAACAUCCCAAGCAAGCUAUAUAUCUUAGAUCUACCCACAAUGCAGUGCACUGAAUGUUCAAAACUUGUUUGCCAUUUUCUGUCAUCUGUAUUGUCAUCCUCCAUUGCAGGAAUUGUUCUAGUUCCCAAUUUGUAAAUAGUCACGGGGGGCGGGGUUUUUUUUAAGGGAGGGGUCAACAAUGUUGUGGGCGUGUCCAAGCUUUCACGUGGCAACAACAUGCACACCAAAUGUCAACGUAUGCAUGCUUUUUGAGUGACAAUGUUACCAUUUUUAUGCCAUUUUCCAUAAAUAAUCAGAUGUUCUCUGUAUUUCUGACUUAACACAACCUAAACCUGACUAUUGACGCCAGCGCUACACACUGAAAUCGGUAUUUGUAACUAUAAACAACCAUAUUUGUUGCAUGUCAAGGACCUACUCCAAAAAGGUUUUUUUUUUACACUAUAAAUUUAUUUUAUUAUUUAAGCACAUAUAAUAGAAUGCAGCUUUUAUUCGUGACAUUUUUGGGUGGUGAUGUCACUCCUCAUGCUGGACGCAGAAUCAGCUCGGACGGUGGUCUGUAGCGGCCCCCAGUGGUCAAAGUUAAGUACUGCUUGCUUUCAAAGGCACAGUUAACGGUUUUAUUAGUUUGAUUGAUUGAUUGAUUGAGACUUUUAUUAGUAGAUUGCACAGUACAGUACAUAUUCCGUACAAUUGACCACUAAAUGGUAACACCCGAAUACGUUUUUGAACUUGUUUAAGUCGGAGUCCGAAUCCAAACGCGUGAUUCUGUUUGGGAAUGU